AUCAUCGCGCGGGAUCAUAAAAGUCAUCAAACGGCAACCUGGGGUGAACCGAGCCGCAGAUGGAGGGAAGGGCGCGGGCGCUCGGAAAAUGAGAGUUUUCCCAGCCCAGGCUCCAUUCCCUCGCGUCCUCCGGAGCAGGGCGGGACAGCGGCGGCCGGCGCGGGGCUGGAGCGGGCGGCCGAGCCCGGAGCGGCGGAACGCGGGGCCCGGAGCACCGGGAAAGGGCAGCUCAUGUCCCUGCCGAGCCCUGCAUGGCCCCAGCAGGACGAGCCCUCCCCCUGCGGCACCACCACCGGUCUCCCCCCGGCCUCGUCCGACAGCGACUCCGGCUGUGCCCUGGAAGAGUAUCUGGAACCUUCCGCGGAGCCCGCGCCCCCCGAGGUGCUGCCGUGCUUCGGGCCCCGCUCGCCGCAGCCUGGCUCUCCCUCUGACAGGACCCGCAGCAGAGCCCUCCUGCAGCAGCUGCCUCCUCAGGACUGCGAUGAGCGGUACUGCCCCGACCUCGCCGAGGAGGAGCGGCGGCAGCUCCGAGCCUUCAGCGCCCGCCGCAGGCAGGAGGCUCUGGGCCAGGGCCUGGCGUGUCCCGUGCCAGCUCCGUGCCACGGCUGUCCCUGCAGGAAGUGCGGCCGGAGGCUGAACAAAGGGGACCCGGGGAUUUCAGCGUCGCGCCUGGGGGACCAAUUCUGGCACCCGUCCUGCUUCUCCUGCCACUUCUGCCACCAGCAGCUGGUGGAUCUCAUCUACUUCCAGCAGGAUGGGAGGAUCUACUGCGGCCGGCACCACGCCGAGCUCUUCCGACCCCGCUGUGCCUCCUGUGACCAGCUGAUCUUCAUGGAGGAGUGCAUCGAGGCCGAGGGCCGGCGCUGGCACCUGGAGCAUUUCUGCUGCCUGGAGUGCGACGAGCCCCUGCGUGGGCAGCGCUACGUGAUGAGGAGCGGCCGGCCCUGCUGCCGGGGCUGCUUCGAGAGCCUCUUUGCCGAGCCGUGCCAGGCCUGCGGGGACCCCAUCGGUGCUGACAGCGAGGAGGUCACGCACCAGGGGCUGCACUGGCACGCCCGAGCCGCCUGCUUCUGCUGCAGCCUGUGCCGCAAGCCGCUGCGGGGACAGCCGCUGACCUGCCGCCGCGGCCGCCUCUUCUGCUCCGACACCUGCAGCCGCGGCCAGGACGCCUCUUCCACCGCCUCCGACUCCUCCGACUCCGCUUUCGCCUCCGCUCCAUCCCCCGACUCCACGCCCCUGUCCCGCUCGGCUGCGGGGGGCUGCAGGCAGCAGGGGGAAGGGGCUGAGGCGUUUUCAGAUCAGGCCCCAGUGCACCCUGCGUUCAGGAGCCCCGAGGAUCUCGGAGCAGCCGCACGGGAGCGGAGCAGCGAUGCUGCCAAGGAGCACCCAGGGAUGCUGGGACCCCCAGCCGGCCACCCCUCGGCCCCCCAGCCCAGCCCAGAGCAGCCCAACGAGCCUGGAGCCUUGGGCCAGCCGCUUUUGGGGGGCCCUGACACCCGAACAGCCACAGGCAAUGGAAACCCACACUCCCCUCCCCGACACAGCCCCCGGGCAGAGGAUGGCAUGGAGGAGGAGGAGGACUCCUGGUGUCCCACCUGCUCCUCAUCUUCGGACUCGGACUCAGAGGAGGAGGGUUUCUUUUUUGGGAAGCCCAUCCCCAAGCCUGGGAUGAAUUCCCUGGGCAGGGAGCCCCCGGGGAGGGGCAGGGGCAGGACGGCCAAGCACUGCAGUGUGUCCUAACAGCGGGGUCCGGGCUCCCCGAGUGGCACUGCCAGGUCCUGCCAGGUCCUGCCACAGCCUCAACACGUUCCAAGUGUGUCCUGGACGCGGCCCAAGGCUGGUGGGAGAAGCUGCUGGGAUCUUUUCCCCCCCGGCGGCUGUUGGCAGAGCAGAGCCUGCAAUUCCUGCCAGCCUCUCCCGCAAUUAGGAACAGGUAAAGCAGGAAGGGAGCGGGGCCGGCGGCCGGGCCGGGCCUCCAGCGCCUCCGACAAGGCGGCAGCUCCAGGGAGAGCGGCCAGAACUCCAGACAAGGGCAGCUGCCUGCAUCACCCCACUGCUGGGUGGGAUCCUUCCCUGGACUCCUCUGUGCCCCACUGCCACCUGCUCUCCGUCCCUUGUGGCACCGCUGCCACCGCGGGGAGGGGACCUGGGGCGCAGCUCUGCUGCUGCCGAUGAUGAAGCUCCAAUAAAGUUUGGCUGAAAUCUGAACGC